AUUACACUCAAGACGGAAGUGCUAAUAUGUUCAUUUAACUUUCGAUUUAUUGUUGACUAUAACUCCUUUAACGCACUUUGUGGGGGGGAAAAAAACGUCGUAGUUUACUUAGAAAAGCCUGCGGGGAAAUGAGUGUUUGCACAUAAUUUACUACAAAGCUUUGAAAAAAUUUGAAACUCGUGUGUUCUUCUCUUGAUAAAAUCUUUACGAUUAAAGUCACUCUAAUAAAGUGUUUCCUGCUAGUGAGAGAGAUCUGAGGACCGAGGCCGAGGAAUUUCAGAGUGUGACUGUGGCUGAAUCACUAUAUUAUAGAAUAGAGUCUCGGUCUGUAAGUGUGAGGGUAGUUUUACAUUUUUGUCUUUUGAACGCAACUUAAAAUAUUUAAAGAAAAUAUGACCCAUUUUCAUUUGGGUAAUUUGAUUUAUCCAUUCUAUGUGUUUUAAACACCAUUACCAUGUCAGCCAUGUCAUGUUUAAAACUUAAAAUUAAUAAUUUUAAUUUAAUAUGCAGAUAAAUGAAGUGCUUCGGCUUCUCAUGUUUUUAAUGGCAUGGUUUUUUAUUUUAUUAAUAAUGGACAAAUAAAUAAAUUUAUUAAUGGACAGUAAAUUAUUUAAAAUGAUAUAUAUAAUAAUAUGUAAAACUUAAAGUUUAAUUAACUAUUUCUGUUUCUUUUUCCAGGUAUAUUAUCUUCCAUUUCACUUAUUUAUAAAUGAAAAUGAUAAGUCUCAGGGAGAUUUGGAUGUUUCAGCUUUUCUUUGUGUUCAACUAUUUAAGUACAGUUUUAUGUCGAGGCCAUUAUAGUGAUCGCGUUAUUCAAACUCUUGAAGAUGAAAUAGGUGCCGAGAAUUUUACAUAUUAUCGACUCCAACGCACUGGUACUUUAAGGCUUGAACUCAGGAGCUUAAUGGGUGAUGUUGAUGUGUAUAUUAGUGGCGAGGUAUGAGUAUCUUUCAGUUUUUAAACUUUAACUUUGCAUUAACUCAUUAAUCAAAGAUUGAAAGAGUUCUAUCAGAUUACAUCAGGGAAAAAAGAAAUCUAUGCAGUUUUUGUUAGUAAACCAUUGUUGUUAAUUAUUUGAAUUAAAUGUUUAUGACAAAAUUCAAAAUUUCAUAUUAUGUUUAUUAACUUUUGUUAUGGAGCAUGUUACAAAAUAAUUACUCUUACUUCAAAUGUGAGGCAAUAUUUAAUAAAAAAAAUUAAAUAAUUAGAAAACAUAACCUUAUCAAAAUAAAUUGAUUUUCUAUUCAUAUUAAUAAAAUAUGGCCCCAAUUAUUUUUAUAAUAGAGCACAACAAUUUUUGUCCUCUCCCAGGUACAGCACCCUGACUACAUAACCUACGAUCUCAAGUCAGAAACAUGUGGCCUUGAUGUGAUUUCAAUACCUUCAGCCAUGUCAAGACCUGUCUACAUUUCUCUUUUCGGUCACCCAAACUAUCUUCACUCAAAGUAUCGACUCACUAUUUUGGAAGUGGAUGACCCAGUGGUAGAUGAUUAUGAAAUACUUGUGGAUAAGUAUGAGAGGUUAUAUUUUCUUACAGAUUAAUUCAUUUUCACUAGGCUGAAAUAUAAUGGAGAAACUCUGCCUUGCAAAAAUCAGGAGUAUAUAAAUUGAUUCAAUUAAAAAAAAAAUGUUUUCUAUUUUCUGACAGUAUCUUGUUUUCAUAACUCUGUUUAUUUUAAUCCAGAAUUUCUUUAAGUUUUCUUAGAACUUUAAGUUAACAGGGUAAGUGCCUACCACUUUAUUUUAAGUUUUUAUAUAUUUUUUAAAUAGUUAUUCAAAGUUAUCCUUAUCAGUUGCAUUUGCAAAGAUACUGUUAUCUCCUCAAAAAAAUAAAUAACACAAUAUUUCUUUAAGAUGAUUUCUAUCUAGUUUACUUUUCAUUAAAUGUUUUAAUAUGUUAAUAAUAUUCAUUCAUUAUUUAAUUAAGCAAGCUGUGUUUUAAAUUCUGCCAGCAGUUGCUUUCCCUUAUAACCUUUUUUUUCCCUAUCAGAAAUUUGAUAUUAAUAUUAUCUCAUGUUAGGUAAUGAAUAUUUAAGCUUAAGUAUUACCCAAGAAAUCUUUGAUAUGCGGGAUUUGCCAUAUAAUUUCAGGCCUAAAAAUAAAAAGCUUUUCCCAUUCCUAUUUAUUGAACUGACAGCGGUAGAUACAGUAGUAAUAACAAUUCAUCCUCCUUUGCUCCGAAGGUACUACUAUGAGGAAAUGGAGGGAGGAUCCCCUAAUGAGGAAAGCUACGAGGAAAGAGCCUCAAAAUCUUCUGGUGACGGUCACAGCUUUCAGGAGCGAGUAGAAGAUGACCUGCCCAUGUGGUGGAAACUUUUGUUAGGCAUUUUAGAAUUCGGCAUUGAGGUGAGUUAAACUUGGUGUUCACUGAUUUUGGCACAUCUAAUGUACAAUGAAGAGAUGAAUACAAUCCUAUCACCGGCUUUAAUGUUUAAUUUAAUGUUUAAUGUUAGUAGUCAUAAUGUAAAAUGUUAUAAAUUUUAACCCUGCUGAUUCUUAAGCAUAGCAUAAUGACAUAUUAAAAGUCCUCGAGUUUUCUCUUUGAAUAUCUCAUUAAUUUUUUCUCACUUCUGGUAGCCAUCUUUGUGUGUGUGUGUGUGUUAGCAUAGUAUAGACAGACAAUUUUUUAAUCCCAUGCCAAGUUGGCUGGUGUUUCCCAAAUUUGUUUAAGAUAAGAGAGUAUUUUUAUACUGAUCCAAACAAAUGGAAACCUGUUUUAUUCACAUUGUAAAUCAAACAGAUUCUGAUUGACCAAUUAAUUUUUAAAUAGGACAAUUUUAAUGUGAGACAAAUUCAAAUUUAGUUUUUCUAACACAAAUACAAACCAUUCUUUGUUGUCAGAACCACAUACUAUGAUGCUCUUACUGAUUUAAGAACAAUUCUGAAAGUGUUAACAAUGACCUUGGUAAAUCCCGAGAGAUUUGUGAACAAAUGAAUUAUAAAUCUUUUUGUAAACUAAGGGUCGAUCCUUGUAGCUGUGACCGUCCCUUUCAUUUACUGUGGAUUAUUAAGAUGAUCUUAAAUUGAUCAGGUGUCAGUAGUGACUGUGUAACUCUUUGGUCUAUAUUUCAGGUCAUUUUGUGAAGGAAGUCCCCGCUUUUGUUUGUGUGGAUGAUGCUGUUAAAAAAUCAAUUUACUGAAUUAAGCAGCAGGGUUGCUCUAAUGUCAUUGUACUGACAGGUCAGAUUUUUCUCCUCUGUCCAUCUUACAUGUUCAAUAUUAAUGUACUGUAGUAGCAUAGACUAAACUAUAAGUUUUGCAAUAUGUUUUCUGCUCUUGGUUUCUAAAGCUCACUUUCCAGUUGUCAUUUUUUUUUAAAAAUUGAUUUGUUUGUUUGUUUUCUACAUUUCCUAUACAACCAGAUGUUUACAUUGAAUAGUUAGUGACAAGUUCACCCCAGCUGUGGUGUUUUUGUUGUUUUUGAGAUUUUUAACACCCUUUUUUAUCUAGCAAUUGUUUUAAACCAGUUACCCAAGUAAAAACUCUUUCUCCAAGCAUCAGUGAAUGCCCCUUAAACAUUUAAUGUGUUUUGUACUCUAAAAGUAACAGUUUGUUGCAUAAACACAUCUGACAUAUAUCCUUGUUUGCUACAGAUGAUUAAAAAUUGUUUAAUAAAUUCUCAUGUUAGGGUAUAGAUCUUAAUUUAACUGAUUAUAAUAAUUCAAGUUGAAUCUACUUUUUAAUUAAUGGGGAAAAGCUUUUUUUUUUAAAGAAAAUAUCUAUGCGCAUAAUAAAGUAGGGGCCAGAUUUACAGAGUAAUCAUUUUUUUUGGCUGAAGCCUUUUAGAGCAGACGAAAUUUAAUUUGAAACACUCAUUGCUUUAUUUUACCGUUUUCAAUAAAUCUUUACUAAUCUCAUUUUGUCUUAUUUCUUUAAAUGUACAUUAGAGAGAGUUAAUCAAUUAAAAACUGUCUAAAUAAAAAACUGUUUUGUACUUUGUAAACAGCCUAAUUAAAGACAAUAUCACGGUUGGAUUAUGGUGAGAAUAUUUAAAUCUGUGUUUGGGGAUCCUAUUGUAUAUGUUUUGUGGAGUCGUGUUUGACAUGUUAAGCCAUGGACAAUGUGCUAUUUGCUUUCUCUACAUUCUGUUUGCAUCAAAAUAAUAUAAGUUUAAUAUGCUCUGUGAUAUAAAUAAGGUGUGAAAUUUAAAUGUGUGCAUCAACACUUAUGUACGGUAUGGAAGUUUAAGAGAUUUUUUUUAAUCAGCCAAAGUAAACGGCGGUAUGAAAAGUGAGCAAAGCAAACAGCAAAUGAAUUGGGUAUUAUAUAUUGUAAUUGUACUCUGUGAAUGCUCAAGUCAGAUUUUUUGUCACAAUUUUUUUUUCAUUAUUUAUUUUGAUUGAGGGCUUUCCCAUGCCAUGUAAAAAUAUUGUUAAAAGUGAAUGAAAAGUAUUUUUUUCAUCACGUGUUCAACCCAAAUGUUUUUGAAGUUAAAAAAAAAAAAAGUUAUUAACUUUUUAGUUUCUCCUGUAAAUUUGGAGGACCUGACUUAUAGGUUUAGAGAGUUAAAGCCAUGUAUAUAGUAAAUAUUUUCACUGUUACAUCCUACCCCUAAUGGCAGUAGUUGGUGCAUUGCUAAAUGAAUGAUCACAAGGACAAAAGCUUAAAUGUCACUGGUAAGUUGUGUUCUGUUCUCUGAUACAGUUUUUUUCUUAAUUUGAAAUCAGUCUGUAGUUUUUUGUUUUUUUUUAUAUCAUCUCAAAAGUUAUAUGCUUGUAACAUUGAACACCACUGACUGUAUUUUUUAUUUCCACAUGUAGAAAGAUUUUGAUUACCGUAUAUGAUUACUUUUAAAUAUGAUCCAUGAAUGUCCUUUUUUUAAAAAAUUUUUUUUUUUUUUUUUUCAAUUUUAAUUUUAAAAAAGUACAUGAAAGUCCUUUUUUAAAAUUUAUAUUACCAGUAUGAGAAAAAAAUCUGUAACAUUCUGAUAUGAGCAAGUACCAUACAAAAAUUUUGGCGCUUGAGAACAACAAUAAUGACAUUUAUUGUUAUACUUCUGAAACUUGUUCCUUGAGACCGAGCUUCAUAAUGAUAUAACUAUUUUCAUAAGAGAUGCAUUAAAUUGCUUGCUUUUAAAUAA